CCGUAGGAUUUUAUCGCACCUAAUCUACGGCUUCUAACUUCCUUCUGCGGUUCCUUCUACGCCUCAAAUCCACCGAUACGCCUGAAAUCAUAUCAUCGGAGUUCCCAUAUCAUCCCUAUCGCCAAUUCUUCUUCUCAAAUCUGAAUAACCUCAACAAAUCAAGGUGCUGCUCCUUCCCAGAUCUUUCGAUGCUCUUGAUUCCUUCUACAUCUCACACCGGCCCAACGCCUGAAAUACCUUCCCUCACAUCAUCCCCCGCUAUCGGUGCUCAUCCAAUCCCCCGUCUCAGAGUUACAGGCUACUGCCCUCAAAGGAUAUGAGCCAAGAUUUGGGAAAUGGAUCCUAAUCACACUAAUGGAUGGUUACACUCCAUAUUUGGAACUCACUGUAAGUACUAAGAAGAGAUAUGGUCUCAGGCAGAACCGUGCCUUUACUUAAGGAUUAAUAUAUGUUUUAGGUUCAACAUGAGCUCCAUAACAAUAGAGAAAACGCUAUUAUAGUAGAUAGAUCGUCUAAGAGACUGAAGAUUCUGAUCAGUGAAGUAUUGGACUUCCUUCUUCUUCCAAGAACACCUCAGCUCCUCGAAUUACUGCGGCUUCUUCGAGUACUUUUGCGCCAUAUCAUGACCUCAACUCUAAGUUAUGCUUUUCCUCUUCCAGUUAAUCUCAUAUAUAUUAUGUUUUUUUACGAACUAAGUUUUCCCCACAAUCAGAUGGACAGAAUAUUAGGAGUGUAAUUUAAUUACAGGCAUAUAAAUGCAAUAGCCAAGUUGGUGUUAAUUUUUAAAAUCUAUUUUCUAAUUUCUCUGUGUACUAACCUAAAGCUAGCAAGUGCUAUAAUGGGUGAUAGUCAUAUUUAUGUUUGAAUAUAUCCAAUUUUAGGGUUUCUUGUGCUGAUGUUCACAUUUUGCAGAUUCAUAUUAAUGGUUCACAAUUCAAAUAUGUGUGCAACACAAUUUUGAAAAGCCUAUUUCACGUUCAAUGGGUCUCUGCUUUUUUCUAUUUUUCAACUGCACAAAUUAUUACACUUUAUUUGUCAACCAUUCAAGCAUUGAGUUAUACUCUGUAUGAACUACUGAAUUUUAGGUAUCACUUUAGCAGCCAAAAGUAAUUUUCCCUUUUAAUCAGCUCACAGUUUGAUGAAGAUGAUGUUUGUUGUUAUAAUGGUGCUUUUGUUUUCUUUUUCUACGGUUUGAUGAAAAUAAUUGCUCUAUUUAUCAAAAUGAUUUCUAAAUUAUCAUUUUAGGUAUUUUGCCUUUUAAUCAGCUCACAGUUUGAUGAAAAUGAGGUUUGUUAUUAUAAUGGUGCUUUUGUUUUCUUUUUCUACGGUUUGAUGAAGAUAAUUGCUGUAUUCAUUAAAAUGAUUUCUAAAUUAUCUCUUUCAAUUAAAAAAGAAAUUUGAAGGCUAGAAUCCAUCUAUAAUUAAGCAAACUAAGUAUCCCGACUAAAUUUGGUGUGUAACUAGAUAUUCUUAUUGUUAACACAUCUCCUAUUUUUGCUCUCUGCUUCAAUCUUCCUCAGCGUUUGUAUAAACUUACUUUUUAAUCCAACUAUCAUUCCUAUCUGAUGAGGUAUUUAGCGGCCUCCAGUCUAUUGUAUUUUGACUUCAGCCUUUUCAUUCAAGACUCUUUUAUUUUUUAGGUAUCCGGGAUUGCAAUUUGGACUUCUACUAACAUACUCGAUAGUCCAUCUUAGUCAAUCCCCUCAUUAUUGACAUGUUUGGCUGGCCAAGGAACAUCAUUUAUGGAAUGGUUGGGACUUUUCUUCAUGUCUAGGACGCGUAUCAUUGCUGUGAAAUGAUAAUGUUGUGCUGGAGCAUUUGGUACUUCCGCAAUAGGGCUGUUUGGAACAGGGAGGAAGGAGGCGAGGACUUUAUUGUGACUUUGGUGAGGGCUGUCCUACAAGGCUUGUGGGCUGCAAAUGAUCGGUGUGCUGAAGUUUCCAGGGAGUCGAGGUUUGGUGGUGCAGAGAACUGGAAGAAACCUGAAGUGGCCUGUCUUAAAGACAACAUCAACGCAGCUUUGGGAGUUUGGGUGGGUGGCGAGAGAUGUUGCUAGCAGAUUUGUAGGAGCAGGGGCAAAUUCUUGGUCCGGUACCUGUUCGGUUAAGGAGGCUGAACCCAUCAGGAUUCGAGAGAGUUUGAAGUGGCUUAAGGAGAAUGAUUGGGAUUAUGUGGUUGAAAAGGGAGAAGAUAUGUCUUCCUUGGGUUUGAUUGUUGACGAUAUUAAGGUGUUCAUGCGAGCCUUUAGAAGUGUUUUGAUUAACUUUGUUCAGCAAUCUGCAAAUCGUGUCACUCACGAGCUUGCGUGAAUGGCUGUUUCUUUGUCGAUAGCUAUAGUUGGAUAAAUAUUCCUCCAAAUUAUAUCUUGAAUGUUUUAAAUCACGAUUUGCUCAAUGACAG